AUGGAAGACCCGGUGCUAGUUCAGGAUGACACAUCGGAUCCGUCCUCGGACCAGGCUUUCCCCGUCGUGCUCAUAAGCGACGACGGAGAUGUCGUUCUUGACGUUACAUUCGAGACGUCCAGAGAGACCAUAGCCGCCGCUCGGAAGACUUGGCAGGCUGCCAGCAAGAAAAUCGGUGCCCCCUGCAUCCCCCAGCCUAACCUGUGCCCGGUCAUCAGAGUCGCCUAUCGCGUCAAGCUCUCCGCUCUGAAGAGGCAUUCCCGGUACUUUGAUAACCUCCUCGGAAACAAGCAGUUCUCCGAGGCGAGUAACAUCGAGGAGACGCUUGCCCGCCUGGCUGCCGAGAGGCUCAAGCUCGCUGAAGUGGACCCUCGGGAACUGCCCUGGAUCACCAUCGUUGAUGAUGACGAAGCCACGAGGUCCAUCGGUCGGGAGAAGGUCUUUGAGGAUUUGAUGAGGAUCAUGCACGGGAAGCUGAUACAAUCUACGACUGUCAAUAUGCUCCAUGUGACAACCCUGGCCAUCUUGGCCGAUCGCUUCGAUUGUCGGUCCUUGGUCUCAAGAUACCUGAGUAUCGAACUCAAGUUCAAGUGGCCCCUGACGAGUGCUAAAACAGCGCGAGCAGGGGCACAGAGGAAAACCUGGGACGUCGAGAAUAUACUCAGACAGAAGAUUCUAGUCGCCUGGUUGUUGGAGCAGCCGCCCAGGCUCCAUAACUACACACGAGAGCUGAUUCUUCGUGGCUCUGUCCGCUGGAGUGCCUUGUCCGCCGACGAGUUCUCACGCACUGAGCUGUGGUGGCACCUGCCGGACGGCUUGGAGCGAGAACUACAGCACCGCCGAGAGUGUGUGUUGAAUACCAUCGCCUCAGUCCAUCGCCACUUCAUAGCCUUGUAUUCCUCCCGCGAGAGGCAAUGUAAACUUGGGUACGACUCAAGCUCCGCCUGUGACUCGUUCCAACUGGGCCAGAUGCUCAAGUUCUUCACGAGCAAAGAGCUGAUGGGUGUCGUCGACUUCGGGCCAAGCUCGUAUGACAACAUCCCAGACUCUUCAGUCAUUGACGUUGAGGAAAUCUUGGCCAUGUUGAAGCAGGUGCCGGGCUAUCAGAUCGACAAGAAUCACACCAACUGUGGCAUUCGAACACGUCUUGAACCCAUAGUGGAAUACAUAAGAUCUAUGAUGUCGUCGACCGUCCUUUCAAUAUCCCAGGUUGAUUGGAAGAACAACCGAGCGUCGGCCUCCUGGGUACCCGAUGCCGACGGAGUUAUGAGCUUGGACAACGAGGAGAAUAAGUUUGAAUUCACUAGAGGCCUAGCGAGCGAUCAGCGUCUUCGGUAUGAGGGCAACAUGUAUGCCGACAAGAUGGCACGGAGGCUAUUCACUGCUGACAAGUGGGAUUGGACGCCCGAAUAUUGA